GUCAGUUCGUUACCGACUGUUAGUGAGUUCAGUCGUCCCGAUUUCCGGUUACGUACCUCGAUUACCGGACCGUAACGCCGACCUCAAAAUAACAUUUUGUUGUUACCGUCGUAUCGUCGUCUAGGUAACGCGCAAUCAACAAUCGAUAGCGUCGAGACGCCACAAUUUCUAGUGUGAAAAUAAGUGAAAAAAUAAUGAGUGUUUUAUAAUUUGUAAUAAUGGAACGGUUCAUUUUUGGAUUGUUGUUUGUGGUUUUGGGACAAGGGCUUGAAUUGAAAAAUGGGGCUUACGAGGACUUUGUGAUUAAAAUUACGGAAGGUGUCCCGCGGAAGGAUUGCAGGAUCGUCCUUGAUAACCUCGAGGAAACUCUUACAAGUGCGUCUCAAUAUCUGUUCUCCGCCCUCGACAGUAGGGCUUUUCUACGCUCGGCAACUGUCUUGCUUCCGCCAACAUGGCCGGAUUCUUGCGCAUCCUCAACUGUCAUUUCCGGUUCGGGUGAAACCCCCGAUGUGACGGUGUUGCCACGUGGACCGGCCCGAGGAAGGGUUUUCACGCAGCAAUCGUUAGGUUGUGGCGAACCGGGUGAUCAAAUAUAUCUAGCGUAUGAAAGUUUGAUGCAAAGAGAUGCCUCCGUGGCGAGGUCGUUGGUGAAGGAGUUUGCGAAGUAUCGGUAUGGGGUCUUCGACGAGCAGGGGUACUACAAUGACCCGAUUUACCCUAUGUGUUUCUACGAUGAUCAGAAUAAACAAGCGAAAGCGACUGGAUGUUCGGAUUUGCCGAUAAGUGAUAAUGGAAUUUGUACGUCGGGGGCAAAUGUUGCCUACAACACGUCUAAAAUGGUCGAUGAAAAGGCUCGAAGUUCGAUCAUGUUUGCCGCCGAAGCACCACAAGUGUCGAUGUUUUGUGAUGAUGGUAAUCACGAUCGUUAUGCCCCCACUAAACACAAUUCGAUGUGUCAAAGACGAAGUGUCUUAGAUGUGGUUUUGAAACAUUCAGAUUUUAGUGCUAAUAGUCUCAUUAAUAACGUCAAUAGUAAUCAGUUGAUUGACACUUCGAUUAAAAUCACGUACAAGAAACAAAAUUUGACGCGUUACGUCUUUGUUUUGGAGAGUACCAAAGAUAUGAUGCAACGAGAAUCUUGGAAUUACCUAAGACUGGCGUUAAGAUAUUGGGCCUUGAAUAUUUUACCCGAUAACGCCGAAGUCGGUUUGGUUCUAGCCGAAGAAUCAUCAAAGAAAGUAUUCAAUAUUGUAUCCGUGAAAAAUAGCAAGAAAGACGAAACUGAUAAAUUUUAUUCGAAAAUUCCGUACACUCCGAGCGAUAUUUUACGCGCUGGUUGUCUCAACUGUGCGAUUAAAGACGCCGUUGAAAUGUUAAACGACCAGACGAAAAUAAACGGUCCGGCGAAUAACGUCAUUGUGAUAAUCGCUGCAGGAAUCGACUCGUUUGAAGAUGUCAACAAAACGAUGGAAAAAGUAAAAAAAUCCAAAAUCAAAAUUGCCACAAUCAAUUAUCCUACAAUAAUGCGCGCAAAUCUUUUAAACCGACUCGCAGAAGAAACGGGUGGAGUGUCUUAUACAGUUUUCGAACGCAAACUAAACGUCGAAACCACUCUUCUCUCAACUUAUUUCGAACUCCAAAACGUCCUCUACGACAUCGUCCAAAACUUUUAUUCUGGUAGCCCUUCAGACCUCCCUAUGGAAAUCCACCGGCGGCAAAUCACCGACGACGGUCGCAGCUCCAUCACCGGGAGUUUUAUGCUCGACUCCACAAUGGGCAAACCUUCUCAAUUCACCUUUUUCACCCAUAAUUCCGUUACGCCUCUCAUCAAAAGCUUUAAACUCAUAAGUCCCUCCCAUCAAGUCUUCACCGAGCGCACGGACAAAUACAUUGAUUUCAAAAUGAUCGGUUUGACUGCAAAUAUUACCGAAAGCGGUACUUGGACGUAUGUCGUCGAGCCAUACCCCGGAAACCCUCAACCUCAUUUCCUCCAAGUUACUGCGACACCGAUCUCCCCCACCGCGCCCGUCGUCAGAGCCAGAUUUUGGACGCACAGAAAUCAAGAUAACGGUCCUUUGAUUCUUUUGGUUGAAGUGAAAAAAGGGGAGAUUCCCGUACUGGGCGCCAAAGUCGAAGUCACGGUAACCAAACCGGAAAUUAACGGCUCGUACCCGCAUAAGAAAAGUUUCGAGUUGUUGGACACCGGCUCCGGGGAUCCGGACAUCACCAAAGGCGAUGGAGUCUACACGAGGUAUUUUAAUGUCGAGGAUAGUGGACAAGGGUUGUAUAAUUUUGAAGUCACGAUCAACGAUAACGGGAAUACGGCGUACACGUGGACGGAAUCCGGAGAGUUUGAUGAUAAUAAACCAUGUUGUGGAUCAUCGAUUUCCUCCCCUGGGGUCACCCCCGUCUCACCAUUCCAACGUGUCCUCCCGAAGAAAACUCUAAUGAUAACCGCUGAAGACAUCUCAGCGGCAGAUGCGACCUCUAGUGGCCGAAUCGGCGAUUUGAAAGCUCAAGUAGUCCCCGAAGACAUGAAAGCUCGUCUUAUUUGGACCUCACCCGAUUUAGGCGGUCAAACAGUAUCACGAUAUGAAAUAAAAUACGCAAAUUCCAUCCAAGAUAUCAUUGAUGGUUUUGAAACAAAAGCCACAGAAUGGGAUAAUGCUCAACCUUUUCCCCUACCACCUGGGUCUGAAACAACUUACACCCUCGACAUGUCCCAAAAUCGGGAUUUGUUGGAUAAACCACUCUAUUUUGCAAUAAAAGCCUACCCGAAAUCUUGGCCCGAAAAUAGUAGUCCAGUUUCCAACUGGAUCCGUGUUUUAGUCCCAUCGCCGCCUCCACCGCCAACUGUACCGCCAACUUAUUCGAGCAAUGAUCAUCCGUUUUGGUCGAAUAGUAACGCAAAUUCGGUGGGAGUCGAUCCAGUACGUCCCAGUAUCGAAAAAACUAUGGGUGUGGGUCUUGAAUUGAUCCUCCCCAUUGUUAUAGGUUUCAUUCUAUUGGUGAUUCUCUUGAUCGUCUAUUGUUACUUUUGCGUGAUCAAAAGACGCGAUGCGAGAAAUUCGCAUAAAAAGUCGAAUAAUUCAAUCAAAAAUGAUAAAUUGAGUUCGACCAUCACUAUAGUACCUAGUAGUCCUCAAAAUGUGCCUCAGAAUCAACACUAUGUCACGGAUUUGCCCGAUCCACACCAAAUCGGUGUCCCGAUUCAAGAUGAGUAUGAGGAGGAGCAGAAAAAACGAUACUCUUUGGUGAACCAACAGGAACAACAAUUGAUCGAAGAAUUGAAACAACAACAAAUGGUCCAUUACCAACAAAGGGAUUUAGGGACACCGAAUCAAGGUUAUCAAGGAUUGAGCGUUAUUUCUAACAGUACUCUAAACCGGAACGGUCACACUUUGAGUCCUUACAAUUCGUGGAGCGCGUCUCAAUUGUUACAUGAGCACGAACGCCGUCACAGUCCCAUGGAAAAUAUGGACGAUCAAGUCAAUCCCCAUCAGGACCUCAUGAUGAACCCUCAAGGCGACCACAUGUCACUAAACGGUCAAAAUGUGGACCAUAUGAGUUUGAAUGGGCAUUACCCGAACCAGCACCAUAUCCCACCACCGGUUCCGCCACUUCCCGCUUUUAAUUCAAACGGUUAUCCCGCCAAUUACACCAUAUAUGGGGUACAUCAAGGUAAUAACCAAGGACACCACAUGUACCAAACACGGAAUGAAGCUUUAGGUCCUUUUAACCCCAGUCUUCAAGGAUCGCUUUCAUCAGUUAACAGUGGUGAUAAGAAGAGACGGAAUGUGACAAUGGUGUAACGGUGCGUGAUCACAGAGACUUAUACGACCUAUUUAUGAUAUGAGGAGGAAUAAAAUAAGCGUUUUUUUGUUGAUUAUUUCUUUUUUGUAAAUUGAUUUUGCUAGUCAGUGUUGAUGUACGUUUUUAUAUACAGCCAGUACUUAGUAUUAAGUGAUUGUUUGUAGUUUUAUACAAAUUUCUUUGAGACUGAUCUCACGUUAUUCGACUUAUUGACAAAUGUGGGUGGCCGUUCUAUUAUCGUAAUCGUAAUGUUAAGGCUUUUUGUACAUACUAUGUAGCUGGUAUGACAAAAUCUGUAUAUAUUUUCAUAUUUUUUGUAAUUUGUCGACAAAUAUAAACAUGCAAUAAAUCCAUUUUUUAGUUCA